AUGCCGGGCGUAAGAGAUGUCAGUGCUGAGGCAUUCAUUGCCGCAUAUGCUUCCCACCUAAAACGAUCUGGAAAACUUGAGGUUCCAACAUGGGUUGACCUCGUCAAAACUGGCCACUUUAAGGAGCUUGCCCCCUACGAUCCCGACUGGUACUACGUUCGUGCAGCUGCUGUCGCCCGUCACAUAUACCUUCGCAAGGACGUCGGUAUCGGUGCCCUCGCAAAACUUCACGGUGGCCGUAACAGGCGCGGAAACCGUCCAUCACACCAUGAAGACGCAUCCGCCUCUGUGCAACGGAAAAUCUGCCAGUCGUUGGAGAAAAUCGGUGUCCUGGAGCAAACCGAGCGGGGCGGCCGUAGGAUAAGCCAGGACGGUCAGCGAGAUUUAGACCGGAUUGCAACUGCUGUCGUUGAAGCUGCUCGUGAGGAGGAAGAGGACGAAGAGGAGGAGGAGGAGGAAGCUGAGGAAGACGAUGAGUGA